AUGGAUACACUAAAACAAGGUAAACUGUUCUGGAUACAGCUAUUUGUUUUGGAUAAGCUUGAGAACCUACUGAAGGCAAUAAAUGGCACUUUGAAAAAGUUCAGGGGAAAGCAGCAGCAGCAACGGUUGUUUAAAGAUCUUAUUGCAUAUGAAAAAGAAGUCAAAGAUGUUCUUGGUACUCUAGGCCUUAGGUCUUCUUCCCCUUGUUCUGAGGUUUUGGAGCAACUUAGAAGGCUUGCGCUUAAGAGAGCAGGGAUUACAGAGGAACAGAUUAAGGAGAAGAUUGAGGAGAGAAGCUCAGCAAGAAAGAACAAAGAAUAUGACAAAUCUGACAUGAUUCGAAAAGAGCUGUAUGCAAAGGGCAUUGCCCUGAUGGAUGAACCCCAGGGAACAACUUGGAGACCAUGUGAACCUCCUGAGUAG